UGUCUGCCUCUAUCUAUCUACCUACCUGUCAAGUACCCAAUAUCUACCGUUGUCGGUGAUUCAAACCCAACCCCGCCCCUAUACAUCACAUUAAAAAGUACUUGCCUGGUACAUUCUUCGAACCCUUCCAUUCGAUUGUCACACCCGCCUUGCACAACCCUUCUCACCCGUCUGCUUGGAUAUAGACCAUCGGAGUAGGUUGGAUUUAGAUAACCUAGAGUUCUUACAGUUACUUGAAGGCUCGCGAUGUCGCUGCCUGGAGAAUACUCGAAUCCCGUCCAAGAGGCGCGGGAUCUCAAAGACCAGAAGGUAUCAGAAGCAUAUCAACAAGGCCACGACGCAGAAAUACCCCCAAGCACAGCAAACAACUCCACCAAUGUCGACAUCGAGAAGGCGAUCCCCAGCCAGGCAGGUUCAACGCACAGCGACGAGCGGACGCUCAGCGAAGACCUACCAAAGGAAGCCCAAGCACAGGAGGCAGCAGAUCCAGAUCUCGUCGACUGGGAUGGCCCAGACGAUCCUAAGAACCCCCAGAACUGGCCGGACAGCAAGAAAUGGGGAAUGAUUGCGGUGUUGGCGGCUGUCACUCUCGUAACUCCCCUUGGAUCAUCCUUCUUCGCUCCUGGCGUUCCACAGGUCAUGCGUGAUUUCGGCGUCACAUCUAAUCUGUUAGCAUCCUUUGUGGUCUCUGUCUACAUUUUGGGUUUUGCUCUUGGACCCCUUAUCAUCGCUCCCAUGUCCGAACUGUACGGCAGACUGUGGAUUUACAAUAUCUGUAAUGUCUUGUUCGUCAUCUUCACCAUUUGCUGCGCUGUGAGCAACAGCAUGGGCAUGUUGGUUGCUUUCCGACUCCUGGCUGGAUGUGCAGGCUCUGCUCCCUUGACCAUCGGUGGUGGAACCAUUGCGGACCUCUUUCCCCAGGAGAAGCGUGCUGGCGCCAUGGCGAUCUGGAGUAUGGGCCCACUCCUCGGCCCUGUCGUGGGUCCCGUCGCCGGUGGAUUCUUGGCCGAGGCGAAGGGAUGGCGAUGGGUGUUUUGGAUUCUAUCCAUCGUUGCGGGUGCCUUCAGCAUAUUGUUUGCUUCGCUCGGCCGUGAGACGUACGCACCCACUUUGCUUGCACAGAAGGCCGCUCGCCUGCGCAAGGAGACCGGAAACCAGAACCUCAAGUCCAAGCUCGCACUCGACAUCCCUCCCAAGGAAGUCUUCGUGCGUGCUGUCGUUCGCCCCAUGAAGAUGCUGAUCUUCUCGCCAAUCGUGCUCCUCAUGGCACUGUACGUGGCCGUCAACUACGGCAUCCUCUACCUCCUCUUCACCACCAUCACCUUCGUCUUCGAGCGCAAGUACGGCUUCUCGUCCGGCUCCGUGGGCUUGACCUUCAUCGGCUGCGGUGUGGGCAUGUUCAUCGGCAUGGCGUUCCUCGGCACCAUGUCCGACAAGAUCAUCAAAGAGAAGCAAGCCAAGGGCACCGUCAAACCCGAGCAUCGUCUCCCGGUCAUCCUCACCGUCCCAGGCGGCAUCUGCCUCCCCAUCGGCAUCUUCCUUUACGGCUGGACGACCGACAAGGGCGUCCACUGGAUCGUCCCCAUCAUCGGCACGGCCUUCUUCGGCAUCGGAAACCUGUCCGCCCUCAUGACCGUCCAGACGUACAUGGUCGACGCAUUCACCGUCCACGCUGCCUCCGCCAUCGCCGCCAACACCGUCCUCCGCUCCAUCUUCGGCGCCGUGUUUCCCCUCUUCGGCCUCAACCUCUUCGACUCGCUCGGCCUGGGCUGGGGAAACAGUCUGCUGGGUUUCAUCGCGCUGGCUAUGAUUCCCGUCCCCGUGUUCUUCAGAUACUACGGCGAGAGGAUACGGACGAACCCGAAGUUCCAAGUCAAUCUAUAGAUCGUGCCCCUUUUUUUCGUUCGAAUCUAAAAUUAUCCUUUCUCUCUUCGGCGUUGAAAAGCAAAGGACAUUAUAUCAGGCAUCUGCAUUGGAAUGGGCGUUUCAGGCAUUACCAUCAUCAUCAUCCUAGUUCUCCUUUGUU